AUGGCUCUGUCACAGGCCAAACCGCAACCUGGAGACCUGAUUGAGAUCUUCCGCCUUGGCUACCAGCACUGGGCCCUCUACGUGGGGAACGGCUAUGUGGUGCACCUGGCUCCCCCAAGUGAAAUCGCGGGAGCGGGGCCGGCCAGCCUCAUGUCCGCCCUGACCGACAAGGCCACAGUGAAGAAGGAGCUGCUGUACUUUGUGGCCGGGAGAGACAAGUACCGUGUCAACAACAAGCACGACGGGAAGUACGCCCCGCUGCCGCCCAGAGAGAUUGUGCAGCGGGCGGAGGCGCUGGUGGGGCAGGAGAUGCUCUACAAGCUGACCAGCGCCAACUGCGAGCACUUCGUGAACAAGCUGCGCUACGGGGUCCCCCGCAGCGACCAGGUCACUCAGGCGGUCGUGGCAGGCGGCGUGUCAGUCGGCGUGGUAGCAGGUUGCGUGCUCCUGGGCCUGGGCAUCGGGGCCCUCGUCAGGUCUCUGCAGGACAAAGAGGAGCAGGAAGAGCAGUGA